UGUACCAAUCGAACCUCCGAGUCCCAGAUCUCCCCAAUCACACACACUCACUCUCUCUCUCUCUCUCUCUCUCUCCAAUGGCGGCCUCCUCCUCCAUCUUCCAACCCCACCGGCUCUCCCUCAAACCCCAAUCCCCCACCAAACCUCAUUCCCGUUUCUCCACCAUCGGAGCCCAUUCCCAACCCAACUCACCACCACCACCACCACUUUCCUCCUCAAAACCGCGCCGUCCCGCCGACGAGAACAUCCGCGAUGAGGCCCGCCGCCACAACACCACCCACUCCCACCACUUCUCCGCCAAGUACGUCCCUUUCGGCUCCGACCCCUCCGAACCCGACGCCGAGUCCUACUCCCUCGACGAGAUCGUAUACCGCUCCCAAUCCGGCGGCCUCCUCGACGUCCAACACGACCUCGACGCCCUCAAGAACUACGAUGGCGCGUACUGGCGCGACCUCUUUGACUCGCGCGUGGGCAAGACCACGUGGCCCUACGGAUCCGGCGUCUGGAGCAAGAAGGAGUGGGUGUUGCCGGAGAUCGACAGCGACGACAUCGUCAGCGCCUUCGAGGGGAACUCGAACCUCUUCUGGGCCGAGCGUUUCGGCAAACAGUUUCUCGGCAUGAACGAUCUAUGGGUCAAGCACUGCGGGAAUAGCCAUACCGGGAGUUUCAAGGAUUUGGGGAUGACCGUUCUCGUCAGCCAAGUGAAUCGUCUCCGAAGAAUGAACCGCCCUGUUGUCGGCGUCGGCUGUGCUUCCACCGGAGACACCUCCGCCGCCUUAUCGGCCUAUUGCGCCGCGGCCGGGAUCCCUUCCAUCGUGUUCCUUCCCGCAAAUCGGAUUUCCAUCGCCCAAUUGGUCCAGCCCAUCGCCAAUGGCGCCUUUGUGCUCAGCAUUGAUACCGAUUUCGACGGGUGUAUGCAAUUGAUCAGAGAAGUGACGGCCGAGCUGCCGAUUUAUCUCGCGAAUUCGCUAAACAGUUUGAGGCUUGAAGGGCAGAAAACAGCAGCCAUUGAAAUUCUUCAACAGUUUGAUUGGCAAGUGCCUGAUUGGGUUAUAGUCCCAGGAGGAAACCUCGGAAACAUCUAUGCUUUCUAUAAAGGUUUCCACAUGUGUAAGGAAUUAGGACUAGUUGAUCGAAUUCCGAGACUUGUUUGUGCUCAAGCUGCCAAUGCCAAUCCUUUGUACUUGCAUUACAACUCAGGGUGGAAAGAGUUCAAGCCCGUCAAGGCCAACACCACGUUUGCCUCCGCCAUUCAAAUAGGCGACCCGGUUUCAAUAGACCGGGCGGUUUACGCGCUCAAGAACUCGAACGGGAUUGUGGAGGAGGCGACGGAGGAGGAGUUGAUGGAUGCCACGGGGCAGGCGGACUCCACUGGCAUGUUCAUAUGCCCUCACACUGGGGUUGCAUUGACGGCUCUUCUUAAGCUGAGGAACAGUGGGGUGAUUAAGCCGACUGAUAGGACUGUGGUGGUGAGCACGGCUCACGGGCUGAAAUUUACGCAGUCGAAAAUCGAUUAUCACUCCAAGGAGAUCAAGGACAUGGCUUGCCGGUUUGCCAACCCGCCUGUGAGUGUUAAGGCGGAUUUUGGGUCUGUCAUGGAUGUUUUGAAGAAGUAUUUGUUGAGCAAGGCUCAUUAGGUUAGGCUCUCUUGUGGCCAUUUAUUUGGUUUAUGGUCAUGUUAUCUUGUUGUGAUUUUAAUUGGGCAUUGUUAUUUUUGUUGUCAGUGUGUAGGAGAGGAACUGGUUGGUUAGUUUGUGGUAUCUAGAAUUCAGUUGAGAAAUGCACCUUUAUUUAUAGGCAGCAAUUCCCUUUUUUAAGAAAGAAUCUAUUAUUUCAAUUCGACUGGAAAAUUUUUUUAGACGAA